ACUCGCUGCAUUGUCAUUAACGGAGUAGCAGCUUCAUCUGAGAAGAGUAGAAGACUAGAGCAAAAAGGAGUCCAGAGUUUCAGCCCUUCAAGGAUUCGCCUUAACGGCGUCAAACAUUCUCCUUUUUUUAUUCUUAAAUCACACACCCAUCGCGAGAGAAGGACGUAACAGUGGGCGAUUGUAUCAUUUCUUGCUGUGUUUUUCUCCCCUACGAUGAGUGGAGCGACGUACGACAGGAAGCUAUCCGGCAUUUCUGCUGAUCUCUCCGGCUCUAUGAGCUGCCACCCGGGUUCCAAGGACUCGCCUACUCUGCCCGAGUCGUCGGCCACGGACAUGGGCUACUACACAACACACCAGGGCCACCAUGACUACUACCCGGGUCAGGCGUACGCACAAGGGCCGCACAACCCGUCCUACCACCAGUUUAACAUGUGCGCUAUGAGCGGCGCGGCUUCCUACGGCGCCAAGGCCGAGUAUCCUUACGGCAACGCGUACCGCCACCAGUACGGCCAGUACAGCAGAGAAGGACACACACCACCCCAAAGCGCAGUGAAAGAGGAGCCGGAGACUGAAGUUCGGAUGGUGAAUGGAAAACCCAAGAAAGUGCGCAAGCCGCGUACCAUCUACUCCAGCUACCAGCUCGCGGCGCUGCAGCGGCGCUUCCAAAAGGCGCAGUAUCUCGCGCUCCCGGAGAGAGCUGAACUCGCUGCACAGCUCGGUUUAACCCAGACACAGGUGAAAAUAUGGUUCCAGAACCGGAGGUCCAAGUUCAAGAAGCUGUACAAGAACGGCGAGAUCCCGCUGGAUCACAGCCCCAACGCCAGCGACUCCAUGUCCUGUAACUCGCCGCCCUCGCCUGCGCUCUGGGACACCGGCGCGCACGCGAACCCGGUCAGCCGCGGUCACGUGACGCCGGUCGGGCUCAGCUCCUCGACGCCGCCCUACCCGGAAGACUACAGCAGCGCGUGGUACCAGCAGCACGCCGGCCCCCCGCAAAGCGUCUACUGACCACAGACUUUCACUCCAAGAGUUUAAUAUAAGAAAAAAAAAGGGACUGGACUUUAUUUUUGUAAUCUUUAUAUACACGAGCGCCUAGGCUGUUCGUACGAAGAUAAGCUGAAAGAGAGACAGAGAGAGAGAGAGAGAGAGAGAGAACGAGAGAGAGAGAGAGAGAGAGAGAGAGACAAAACGUGCUGAAAACACUUGAUAUUUUUUCUCUGAAGAUAAGUGACUGAUUAAAAGUUUGAUCAGCCUGAGAAGAGCAGAGAACAGAAGAGGAAGAGGAAGAAGUAGUAGAAGAAGAAGAGGCAAUAUUUCACUCUCUCCACAGUGCAGAUCCUAGGCCUAAAGUUAUAUGGCGUGGUUUUAAAUUAUUUUACUUACUCCAUCCCUUAUUCAUAUUGAUGUUUACGGAUAGCAAUGUUCAAAUAGACUAUUUUUUUGUUUGUUUACAUGAGGAAAGAUACAAUAGUCCCCAACAUUUGUGCAGUUGCCCGGCACACCUACCACCACAAUGUCGCACCGCUUCAGAGACUCAGGACAUAAGUUAUAUGGAUUUGUACAAAUUGUAGUUGUAUAUAGGCCAUUAUAUAUAUAUAUAUAACAUUAUAUAUAUAUAUAAUGUUCGUGUGUGUGUGUGUGUGUGUGUGUGUGUGUGUGUGUGUGUGUGUGUUUAAAUAAAACAGAACCACUAAUCGAUAUUGUUAAUCGAUAUAAACCCCAGUUUUUAUAGAAUUCUCGUGCUUUUAUUGUAAUGUUGUUACAGGAUGAAUAAAUGCAAAUCUGAACUCA